GGGGUUGACCGGCUCCGCGGCGGGUUUGCGGAGAUCUGUGGCCGGCGGCUGGUGCCGGGGGCGGCCGAGAGAGAGCGCGAGCGAGAGAGCGAACGAGAGAGAGAGCGAGAGAGAGAGCGAGAGCGAGCGAGCGAGCGAGGCGGAGCGGGGCGGUGUGUGGCUGGGGCCAUGACGGGCAAUGCCGGGGAGUGGUGCCUCAUGGAAAGCGACCCCGGGGUCUUCACCGAGCUUAUUAAAGGAUUCGGUUGCCGAGGAGCCCAAGUAGAAGAAAUAUGGAGUUUAGAACCUGAGAAUUUUGAAAAAUUAAAGCCAGUUCAUGGGUUAAUUUUUCUUUUCAAGUGGCAGCCAGGAGAAGAACCUGCAGGCUCUGUGGUUCAGGACUCCAGACUUGAUACAAUUUUUUUUGCCAAGCAGGUAAUUAAUAAUGCUUGUGCUACUCAAGCCAUAGUAAGUGUAUUAUUGAACUGUACCCAUCAAGAUGUCCAUUUAGGAGAGACAUUAUCAGAGUUUAAAGAAUUUUCACAAAGUUUUGAUGCAGCUAUGAAAGGUUUGGCACUGAGCAAUUCAGAUGUGAUUCGACAAGUACACAACAGUUUUGCCAGACAGCAAAUGUUUGAAUUUGAUGCAAAGACAUCAGCAAAAGAAGAAGAUGCUUUUCACUUUGUCAGUUAUGUUCCUGUUAAUGGAAGGCUAUAUGAAUUAGAUGGAUUAAGAGAAGGACCAAUUGAUUUAGGUGCAUGCAAUCAAGAUGACUGGAUCAGUGCAGUAAGGCCAGUAAUUGAAAAAAGGAUACAAAAGUACAGUGAAGGUGAAAUUCGGUUUAACUUAAUGGCCAUUGUGUCUGACAGAAAAAUGAUAUAUGAACAGAAAAUAGCAGAGUUACAAAGACAACUUGCAGAGGAGGAACCCAUGGAUACAGAUCAGGGUAAUAGUAUGUUAAGUGCUAUUCAAUCAGAAGUUGCCAAAAAUCAGAUGCUUAUUGAAGAGGAAGUACAGAAGUUAAAAAGGUACAAGAUUGAGAAUAUUAGAAGGAAACAUAAUUAUCUGCCUUUCAUCAUGGAAUUGUUAAAGACUUUAGCAGAACACCAGCAGCUAAUACCACUAGUAGAAAAGGCAAAAGAAAAACAGAAUGCAAAGAAAGCUCAGGAAACCAAAUGAAAAAGGAUGCUUUGAGAUGUGUACACAUUUCUGCUUAUGCGCUUAUUUUCAUGGAAACCAUUAAGUAUAAAGAACUUUGAGCACCAUCCUAAUUGGCUCAGUGCACGUUUGGCAAUAGAAACAGCCUGUCUUGUCUUUAAUGCAUGAAUUCAUAAACUUUUUCCCUACCUGCAUCAUGUGCAUGUAGUGCGUAUUAAAUAAAAGUGAUGUUAAGAAUGCUUGCCCAAAUUCCAUUACUUGACCUUGGAUCUGAGAUCUGUUAGUUCUGUGGAUAUAUAACUACUGUAACAAACAUAGAAAAUGCACAAAUGAUAUUUCUUUCCUGUAACAGUCCUAACCUCUUGUUCUUUUAAUCCAGUUAAAUACUUAAAAUUUACAAAUGUCAGAUGUUGAUUAAACUGGAUCUCCUGUUUCUUUGCAUCAUUAAUGGAAAACAAAUCAAUAUUUCUAUCUUUGAUAUCUAAAUGUUUUGAGGAUUUUAAAACUGAAUUUUAUCAGGUAUACCAAUUAUUUAGAAAAGUAUGAUUUUAUUGCUGAUAAUUUCAAAAGGACAAAUGUAUAAUUUUUAGUGAUUUUUACUGCUGUCAGUAGAAAAGGUAAUAAACAUCCCAGUUUUAUUUUAGCAAAUUUUCUUCAAGUGUUUGGGGUUAUUCAUUGAUGUCUUGUAGAUUAAUUCUGGAAGGUCUAAGUAUUAUGCUUCACAGCAAAAUUUCUGGUAGAGAACAAAGUACAAAUCUUAAAAAGUGUUGUUUUUACUCUGAAUCUGUUAAUAUUUUUUCAAGCUGUUAAGCUGCAUAUAACAUUUAUAUUGGAGGUUUGACAUUUCAUACUAUUUCCUUAAAAAAAAGAUGAUGGGGGAAGGUGGUGAUGGGGGAUCCUUUUAUGCCAAUUUGAAUAAAAUUAGUACAGCUCACAGUUUCCAAGAACCAUGUA